UGUGUAUCGUCUAUGGUCUGGUUUAUGAUUGUAGCUUUGACACUCAUUUGGUUGACUAUUUCACGUGGUAUUAUUUAUUUUCUUUUAUUUGUGUGUUUGACACGUAACUUUACAAAACAUAAAUUACAGAGGCUUCAUUUAGAAUAACCUACGGAUUCCUUAUUACAAACGUGAGUUGUUAAAUAAAUUUCUAACAUUUCAAUUAAUUAACCACACAUGUAUACAGUAUAAAUAAUCAACUCACACACGCAUUAAUUACUCUUUUAAUACCUAGCUUAUAAUUUUUUUAUUUGUUUCUGUAACAUAUUUUUUUCCUGUUGAACUAAGCUAAAGUAAGUCACUCUCAAUAAUAUUGGCGAUGAUUACAUCUUACAUAGUUUUUGUAUUUUAUCGGUAGUCCUUACUACAGGUUUAUAAAAAUCCUAUUUAGGACACCACUGAUCCAAUAUAUUCAAAUAAUAUUAUGUCAGAACUUACGCUAGUGCCUACUUUAAAAUUUAAACAUCUUUUGAUUUUAUUUUUAUUUUCUAAGGUUUAGGGUGGGCGUGAACAACAAAGUUUCUAUGUAAAAUGUUUUUUUUUCGUGAAUUUUGACAUUUUGAUUUCAUUUCCGAGAUUAGAUAGAACAUGCAGCACACGUAGGUUACUGCUUACUAAGUAGGUAAGUAUACCCUUUUUGCAACACCCUGUAUUAAAAAUAUAGAAAAUAAAACAACUUUAAACCGGUCAGACCAGGUCACACAGAUCGAUUGAAUAUGAUUUUAUGUUUAUUUGAGACAGAUUCACAGUUUAACCGAUACUCAGCAUCAACCAAGAAACAUACAAACAACUACUCAUAACUCCUAUUAAAUCAAGUUAAAUUCGAUAUGGCGGUAAAAUGCAUAACUUUAGUCAUCUUUGCUGCACACUCACACUACCUGGGAAAGGGCCCGAUGCCCUUUGUUUUGUUUCAAUGGUGUGCGCGACGGAGGGUGAGGCAGGCGCGGGAUGCGGGGCGCGGGCGGGGGGCGCCACCCCGCCGGGACGCGCCGACCCUCAGUGAUGCUUGAACCGCCAUAACGCACGCGUGUCUGUAACAUUAACCGACCACUUCUUGUUUUGCCAGCAUAUUUGUCGUGACUAGUCACAAUGGAGGAGGCCCAAGAGCAUUUCGAAGAAAGCUUAGACAAGUUUUUGAAGAGAAGAUAUCAACACGUAAGAGUACCAGUAAUACCACCCAAAUCUAAGUAUUUACAAAUGUGUGCGAGGGUUUUAAGGGGCAAAGCAAAGACUAAAACCAUUGAAUUAAGUCCCAGUGAUUAUUUGUUUCUGAGAAAAUAUGAUGUGGCGCUUAGAGACGGUCAGGAGAGACUUGUAGAAGCUGUUUUACUACAACCGAUGGCGAUACAACCACGCGUGGGAAAGAUAUACCUCUACAAAGAAGAAAUAUUUGAUACAUUACAUAAGGCACAUAUUGAAACUGGUCAUGGGAAUGCUGAUGAUGUUAUGAGGCAUUUAAAACCCUACCAAAAUGUUACUAUUAAUAUAGUUCAUAUGUUUUUAAAGUAUUGCAAGGAAUGUACUGAAAAUACCUGGAAGGAAGAACUCCCAAUCAAGGAAAACAAUGUCUGCCAAAUUGGUUUAAUUGACAUGCACGAGCACCCAGAUCGCCAAUACAAACACAUAUUUGUGUUUAGAGACAACAGCACAAAAUUUAUUUUACUUUACCCUCUAGUUGGGACAUCAACUGAGAUCGUCGCAAAAGUGCUCUUAGACAUAUUUACAAUUUUUGGAGCUCCCAGUGAACUGAUGUGUGAUAAUAUGGAAUUGACAGGUAACACCAUUCAAGAGCUCAGUGGAUUAUGGCCAGAGUUGAAGGAUAUUUCACUUAAAUUUCAAAAGCUAGAUGAACAACUUUUAGAUGUAAAGGAUUCCCUGAUGUCUUGGAUUAAAGACAAAAAGUCAUCAAAGUGGUCUGAAGGUCUUCGUCAAUUGCAGCUAAGGAUGAAUGGAACCAAUCAUUCAGAUCUGAGCUGCAGCCCAUACGAAGCCAUGUUUGGAAGGAAACUGAAUGUUGACAAUGGGGAAAAGAAAUCUACAGUAGAAGCAGUAUGUUCUCAGAAAGAUGACUUUAAGAAGAACUUUGAAUGUAAUAAUAAUGAUUUAAUGUAAGCUUAAAUAAUUAUUCAUUGCUAUAACUUAAAAUAUUGUAGGUAGAUAGGUACCUUAUGGAGCAAAUUGUGAUAAUUUAUCCAACUUUGUCAGCAGAAUGAUCUCAAUUAUAAUAAAAUUUAUUUUUAGUAUGUAUGGUGGCCUGCGCCUAAAGGUAUACAGGCGGAGUUUUUAAAAUAGCGAUCUCAAGCUCACAUGCUUCUCAAGCACAUCCA